AUGUCCGGUAAUACUGUGCGCGGCACGCCGAACCGUGGCCAAGCCCGCGGCGCCAUUCCGUUCAACAACAGCCCGGCCGCCAACUCGAGCAUACCGCGGCCUGUACUCGACAACCACAGCCACAUCGGCUCCGAUGGUGGUGCCGCCGCCGGCGGUGGCGGUGGUGGUGCUGCUUCGUCGGUCAGCGCCAGUCGGCAGAAGCAGUCAAAGCGGGACGAGGCCAUCCGCCGCAAACUCGAAAGCGAUCUGAACAAGAAGAAGCCGAGCGCGCCUGGCCGCGCCCGCCACUCCCGGAAGGCCCCGCCAGGCACCGUCCUGGCCCUCAAGCCGAGCCCUGCUCUGCAGAUCAAGCCCGCCACCACAGUGGCCGAGGCCGCCCAGCUGAUGGCCGCCAAGCGUGAGGACUGCGUGCUCGUUACCGACGACGACGACCGCAUUGCCGGCAUCUUCACCGCCAAGGAUCUGGCGUUCCGUGUGGUCGGUGCCGGUCUCAAGGCCAACACCGCCACCAUUGCCGAGAUCAUGACCAAGAACCCCCUGUGUGCCCGCACCGAUACCAGCGCCACGGACGCCCUCGAUCUCAUGGUGCGCAAGGGCUUCCGCCAUCUCCCCGUCAUGGACGAGAACCAGGAUAUUUCGGGCAUUCUGGACAUCACAAAGUGCUUCUACGACGCCAUGGAGAAGCUGGAGCGCGCGUACUCCUCGUCGCGCAAGCUUUACGACGCCCUCGAGGGUGUGCAGUCCGAGCUCGGCGCCAGCCAGCCGCAGCAGAUCAUCCAGUACGUUGAGGCGCUGCGGUCCAAGAUGUCGGGACCCACGCUCGAGUCUGUCCUCAACGGCCUACCGCCGACCACCGUCAGCGUGCGCACCUCGGUCAAAGAAGCCGCCCAGCUGAUGAAGGACAACCACACGACGGCCGUGCUGGUCCAGGACCAGGGCGCCAUCACGGGCAUUUUCACGAGCAAGGAUGUCGUCCUGCGCGUGAUUGCGCCCGGCCUGGACCCGGCCAACUGCAGCGUUGUGCGCGUCAUGACGCCGCACCCCGACUUUGCGCCGAUGGAUAUGAGCAUCCAGGCGGCGCUGCGCAAGAUGCACGACGGCCACUACCUCAACCUCCCCGUCAUGAACGACAGCGGUGAGAUCGUCGGUAUGGUCGACGUCCUCAAGCUGACCUACGCCACCCUUGAGCAAAUCAACACCAUGUCCAGCGGCGACAGCGAAGGCCCCGCCUGGAACAAGUUCUGGCUCUCCCUCGACCACGAGACCGAGUCCAUGGUCUCGGGCGACGGCAGCCACCACCACACCCACAUGACCUCGUCGCGCAUGAUGUCGCCCGAGCUGUCCCGCGACGCCCAUGGCAACAUCCUCCACGGCCGCGUCGAUAGCGUCGCGCCGGGCGAUUCUGCCUCCCAUGUCGGCGUCGAGUCUCCGCCGCACUCGGCCGUGGCGCCCAUCACACCCGAGCUUCCGCCCAGCGAGGUUCCAUUCCCCUUCAAGUUUAAGGCCCCGAGCGGCCGUGUGCACCGCCUCCAGGUGAUUGCCACCCAGGGCAUUGCCGUCUUUGUCGAGAAUGUUGCGUCCAAGCUGGGGGCCGAGGCCGACACCAUUGGCGGCGUCCCUGCCGUAGCCGACGGCAAGGUCACCGGCGCCGGGUUUGCCAUUAGCUACCUGGACGACGAAGGCGAUUCGGUGUCCAUCACGGCUGACCAGGACCUGGUUGAGGCUGUGCUGUUGGCCCGCCACGGCCACCUGGAGAAGGUCGACCUAUUUGUGCACGACCCGUCGAAGCCGCCCGUUGCCGCGGCCGCCGCCCCUGCUCUUCCGACGCCGGCCUCUUCGGACCGUGCCACGUCGGGCGUGCGCAGCCGGCGCGGCAUCCACCGCUCGUCGGGUGACGAUGACGACGAGGAUGACGACGAGGACGAAGACUCGGAUGACUCGGCGUACGUGCGCAAACAAAAGACCAAGGCCCGCCGCGCCCGACGAAACAACAACCGCAGCAAGGGCAGCAUUGGCAGCGCUGCGGAGAGCGUUGGCGCCGCCAGCAAGGCUUUUGGCGAGUUUGCGGCCAACAGUUUUGGUGCCGGCACCGACGAGCAGCUGAUCCAGGGUGUGCCCAACGACCUGCUGUUGCCGGGUGCCAUUGUGACGUUGUCGGUGGUAAUCCUGGGCGUCUUUACGAUUUCACGGUUGACGAGAUGA